AUGGCUGCCGAGGAGCUGUCAGAUGCCGGUAUGGCCGACAUCAUCCGCGCACUAGAGGUCAUUCAUAGCCCCACGUCCACGAAUGAGCUUCGCAAAGAGGCCCUCACUUUCGUCGAAUCGUUGAAGGAUAACGAUGCGGCCGCCCGGAAUGGUUUCCUCCUGGCAUCGCGUACGGACCAUGCUCCAGUCGUGCGAUACUUCGGUCUCACCCUUCUGGAUCACGUCCUGCGCCAUCUGCCUUUCACCAAUUCCGACGACGCGGUAAACAUACGAUCCAUGAUCCUGCAGCUCGCCGAGAAUACACGCGCCGAGGAACCCAAUUAUUUCCGCAACAAGAUUCCCCAGCUGUGGUCCGAGGCUGCUAAGAAGAGCUGGGGCUUGGAUUGGAUGGACAUGGAUGCUGCUUUGGUCAAAUUUUGGGGAGCGUCUCUGGUACACAAUGAGCUCGUGCUCUCGGUCUUGGAGACCCUCUCUGAAGAUGUCUUCUUUCGCGAGGAUACCGUCUCUUCGCUUCGUGGCUCGGAGUUGAACCGCGCUCUUGUGGAGAUCUUCACUCCCGCUGCGAUUGUGGAACAAAUCAACCCGGACAACAAGACGAACGCGACGCUGCGCUGCGGUCAGGAGGGCUGGCUCGUCCGGAUCUGUGAAUUUCUGGAUAAUUGUGUGCAAAAUGUCUCGAGCUCGUCGCAAGCUCGAGACGCAGCUGUGAAGGCUUUGACAACUCUGCGAUCUGCGUUAUCUUGGUCUAUCUACAAAGCUGUUGUGGCUUCCCAGGUUGUCUCAAGCAUCUUCAGGGCAUUGACUUGCCAAGAUGACCAGGUUCUCCUGGCGGCAGUUGAGGCUCUUCAUUCCCUCUACGGAAGAAACAACAUGGGAAAUGAAGACUCACACGGUCUUGUCUGCUUGAUCUUCGAACCCGAUUAUCUCAAUACCCUUCAAAAUCUGUACCAUUGGUCAAUCGUGGGGCCCGAUGACGCUGAUGAGCCAAAAUACUUGAUCUCUAAAAAGCUCUCCGAGAUGGUAUCAUAUAUUGCCGGAUGUCUGGAAGAUGACAAGUUCCUCCAAAACACCAUGAACCGUCUGGAUCUCCCGCUAUUCUUCAACUUCAUGGUCAAUAUCAUGCAGCACCAGAGCUUGAUUGUUUCCAUUCCCGUAUUGCACCUUUGGUCAAGACUCCUUGCUAUCAGCAAGAUUGGCAGAUCGGAUUUCGUUCUGACCCUGACGCCCAGCUUUCUGAACAUCUGCACGCAACGCUUGAUACGCUGGGAAUCUCUACCUGCUGACUCCGAGGAUCCCACAGUCCAAUUUCUGUCCGAGGAUAUUGACACUCUUCCGGAGCGUCAUGCCUUUGUAGGCAACUAUCGCCGCUACUGCUCCUCCGUUAUCGAGACCAUUACGAAGAACCGCCCGCAGGAUGCUGUUCGCGAAAUCUUAGGUCGAGUUGAUGAGAACCUUAAUAAUUUGUACAACGGGCUGGAACCGUUUCACAUGUCAACUUUCAGCAAGUCAGCAAUCCAACUCAUGCGUGCCGAUGCCCAGUUUGCAGUUGUCGAAGCUGUUGUGAAGGGGUUUAACAAAUGGCUUGAUUCUCACGGCAAAGCACCUCAACAUGAUGAGCAGGAACGCAGCGAGCUGGAAUUCGCCAUGGAAAACUGGGCUUCAAACCUGAUGCAACGGUCUUUCGAUGACCCUGUUCUAAAACAACGCGUCAUCAAAUUGGUUGUGGAUAUCUCCUCUCGUGCUCUGGACAACCACCCCGCCUUUGCUCUCAAGGUCCUGGAGCACAUUCUCAUGACCCGUCUUCCGGACCAACCUGGUUAUCCUGCCUACUCCGAAGCUGUGAAAGAGCUUCAUGGCCUUGCCAGUCAUGAACUUCGUCGUCUCGCGAUCCGCUAUGCGGACUAUUUCUCUACAUUCUAUGAUUUGCUAGAGCCAAAGAUCCGAGAAAUUACUCAAGCAAAUAGAGUAGACGAUAAACUGCAAAUGGAGCUGACAUCCAUUCUGCUGAUCAUUAUGCAACGCGCAAGCAAUAUUGAUCCUAACCUCCGGCAACAGAGACUUGGUGCAUUCCUCGAACCUAUCCGUGAGGCUUGGCAAGACGAGGCUUUCAGACAGACCAGCUCCUCUUUCGACGGAUUCUGCAGGUUGCUGGGAUUGGAAAAUGUUGGCUCAUAUAUGCAAGCUAAGCAAGCUUACAAAUUCGCCGAUUGGUCAGAGGUGAUCCUCGAUGAGGAAGGAAAGGUUAUGCUGCCACUCCGAGGCACAAAGACCAUGUUGGCAGUUUCCACAGACAGGCUUAAGAAGACCUCUCCUGCCUACUCGGUCGGCUGUGAUAUGUGGCAGGACCUUAUCCCUCAGAUUCUCCCGACCCUCCUUCAACUCGUCACUCAUGCACACGCCUUCCACAACCCUGGCAAUUGGGCCGUCAGUGACGAAAUGCGUGCUGUUGUUGAGCGGAUCUUGACCGACAGAUUCUGGCAAGCCGGCAUUUCGAGCGGCAGCCGCGAUGACUUCUAUGCCAGAAUUACCGCAUCCAAGGCCACCAUGGAAGGAUUUGCUUCUUCUGUUCGGGGUAAAAUCCGGGCAGUUCGUGAGUCCUGUUACUCCAUGCUGUUUAGCAUGAGCAGAAUGCGUGACCAGUUCUACGGGUUUGCUGAACUACCUGGCCCCUUGUCUCAAGCCUUGUUUAAAGACUCGGAGCAUCUCUCCUCCCACCAGUACUCAGUUCUGCUGAAUAUAUCCCGCUGCUUAAUUGAUGACUGCCCCGUCCAGUACCGCAGCCACUUCCUUCCUCCCAUGCUCGCCACAUUGUUCGGCAGCAUCGACCGCAAGAUCACGACUGAGUGGCAACUAAUUGAACAAAGAAAGCAUGGCGUCUCGGAUGGCGACCUCACAGACGAAAUGAAAUCAGAGAGCGUUCUCCGCCAGCUCACCUACUCCGCCGUUAUCAUGGUCGCUAGCUUGUUCGAUCCCCAGAGAGGAGGUAUGAUAAACAAAACCCGCACAAUGGAAAAGCACCCAUUGAGACAAGAAUCCCGCGGUGCCCAGGAAAGCCGUGACAGUGAAGAACUAAUGCUCAUUGACAACCCAGACCCCGAUGGGACCGAAUCAGACCCCAGCGCGCCCCAGCCCACCCCCGAAAUAUCCGACUCCAUUCGUCACUUUGUUCUUUCGUCACCUGAAAUUUUUGAGCCUCUCAUGCUCUUCUGCACCCAUGCUCUUAGCAUGCGGGAUACCCGUUGCUGCAGCAUAAUCACUCGUGUUAUCCGAUCAAUCCUCGCCGAUUUCGCCCCUCCCAACAACAGCGACACGACCGUGACCAUUCGAGAGUUCAUCUGCACAGAGGUACUGAAGGCCUGCAUCACGUCCGUCCACGAGCCAUAUUUCGUCGAUAUGCAGAAGGACCUGGCUCAGCUCAUUGCCUCUAUAUGGGUUCUUUAUGGAUUUGCGAGUGAAACACCCAAAUCUGUGCUCCUGAGUCUUCCCGGGAUCACUGAACAGAAAUUUGCCCAAACAGAAGCUGCUCUGCAGCGAUGCACCUCACCUAGGCAGCAACGUGCUUUGAUUCUCGACCUCCUGGAGCCCCUUCGCGGAGUGAGCAUUGCAGAACAAGGUAAAAUUCUCGGCUCCCGUGAAGAGCGCCGUAAAGCCCGCAGCGCUCUGCAGGAGAGAUACAUGACCAACGAAAUGGAAACACAACAAGAAACCCAACGAGUCGAUAUCAACGAUGGCCCAGAUCUCUCCGGCGUAGCUGACAUGUUUGGGUAA